UCAUCGUUAUUGUGCGAAAACUCGGUGUCGCGAGUUUAUCGAUCGAAAAGAGAUUCGCGGAAAGCUUCGAGAGGCCAGGCCGCGGAAAAUAACGUAACGCGCGUUCUGUCAUCCGUAGAUGCCGCGUACAUUUUUCUUUACGAUUCGUUGCUUACUGUUCGGACACGCUGCGACGAAUGCAGGGCAGGGUACCGAGAGUAAACAGCCCGAGUAGACCAAAAACAAACGACCGUCGUUUCUUUUCGAGCGGAAAUUUGUGCACGACGGACAUCGAAGGUCCGUACCUUUUCUCUGUUUCCGCGAAAUUGCUUUUCGAGGAAGGAACCGAGUAAACAACAACGACGACAAUGGUAACGAGGUGCGCGUACGAUUAAGAAGAGAAGGGGCGACUCGCUGGUGAUGGGAGCAGGUAGCUACCGGAAUGAAAUUUUUGGCGGAUUCGGUGGGUAACGCGCGCAUGCGAGCACGCGUAUCCAGGCGCGUCCUGCGGCUGAACCAGACCAGGGGGAUAUCGUUGGUCCUUGAAAAGGUAAACGAAAACGCGGAGUUUACGGCCAAUCCGAGCUGAAUAAAGGUAAACAAACUAUAGCCGUCGCGUCACGUCUCGUCGGUGCGAGUGCGUACGCAUUCGAUCGAUUUCCGGGAUGUGCGCAUGCGCUGCGUCGCGACGCGCCGCCCUUGGCUCAACCGGCAUGUUGGUAAAUCGCGCGGGAUGGUUCACGUGCGUUUCACGUCGCAUUUGUCCAGACUCUGGAGUUGCGAGGGUACCGCGUACAGUCCCAUACCGGUUGCACCCAACGACUUGCUCGCGAUUCAACUUGAAAGCACCAUCUCCUUCAGCCGUCUCCUCGAAUCGCCCAAGUGUCCACGAGCAAGUGCCCCGACUUGGACAUCGUCUUGCAUCUCGUCGCACCGUAUCGCCGUUUUAAAAAAUCACAUUCGAUGUAUCCAGGAAGAGAUCCUCGAAACAUUCACUGCUGCCCUUCCGCACGAACCCAAUUAUCCACAGAUUGGUUGCAAAAGAUGUGUUCGUGUCUGGAGAACGGUAAUCCGAUUUCUAGGUUUUCCAACCCAUCCAUGACUCGAGUAGGAGAUUACAGACGACUCGGGUCUCGAUGCAACGCGUUCGAAUUCAGUCGUUCGCUGGCGGGAACACAAACGAGAUGCGAUCGGUGCAAUCAACGCGAUGGAUCAGUUUCUCAAAACUGUUAUUAUAGCGGAGGCAAUUACGACGAUGAAAACUACAAAGUCGACGGUGGCGGUGGCGGCGGCGGUGGUGGUAACGGAGAUAAAGACGAUCGAAUAGAGGAAUUGCGUUUCUACAACGACGAUCACACUUGGAACAGCUUGGUCGUCGAAAAGAAUCUACGUACGAUCGAUUUAUGCCAACUACUUAAAGUGAAGAGGAACGUGUCCGGUGUCGCGUGGUCUAUCGUGGAAACCUGGCCGCAGUUGGGAAUCGAACGUACUCUGGAAGAUCACGAGGACAUUUUGGGCGUUCACAGAGAACUGAGAAUGUUCGCAUCUCGGGACACUAAAAUAUUUGUCUUCAGACCAGAUUUCCUCAAGUACGAGUUCUUUGUCAAGUCCAAGAAACACUGUCCCGACGACACGAGCGCGUUUCCCGCGACUGUUGCUAUCGUGGAUAACGACGGAACACUGAUCGACGCCGAGAUCGCUUUAAGAAUGUUUCUAGUGCAAGACGACACGGAAUGCCCGCAAGUGUUGAGCUUGGUAUGGGUACGCUUCGGAUAUUUGGACGCUUGGAGAAAGACGUACAUGCUGCUGCGCGAGAGAAAGCUCUACGUUACGAACAAGAUUAAUUCGGUGACGAUGCCAGCCACGGAAACCACGACCGCGAAUACUCUGCCGAAGCGAAUACUGCCGGAUAACGGACAGCUGACUCCGGUUGCUCAUUUGUCGGAUUAUACGGUGUACAGGAUCCUAAACGCGAAAAGGUGUUUCAACGCGCCUUUCGAGUGGGGCCUUUGCCUGAGGCCAUCCAGCAACGCCGAAGCCGAAGGCACCGAGGCUGGAGAAUCCGGGCUCAAGGUCAUCGCUUUCCACAGUGAAAAGUCCCGCGUUUGCUGGCUCACGGCCAUGAGACUCGCCAAGUAUGGCAAGCAACUCAGGGAAAACUACCGAGCGUUCAAGAACAAACAGUGCGAGCAAGCCAGCGGGGACAAUCCGAAGGAACGAUACGCCAACUACGACGUGUCCAACGAAUCGACGCGAUCUCGCGUGGCCAUGGAUUUCACCGGAAGCGUCGGAAGGAUCGUGGACGAUCCGAAGGAGGCCAAGGACAUCGCCGAGAGCGAGGGGAUCAAUUGGCGUCGAACCUGGAGACCGUUCUCGAGACCGACGCCCGGGUGCUCGGUGGUCCGGUUCCAAGGACUCGACGACGGCAUUCACGUUUUGCAGCCGUGGUUUCACAGAGGGCUGAAGAGAGACAUCGCCGCGGCGAUCGUAAGGGACCACGGUUCCAUAGACGGCGUGUUUCUGGUUCGCGAGAGCAGAAGCAAUUUGGGGGCGUACGUGUUGACCUACAAAUACAGCGACAAAGUGUUUCACGCGCAAAUCCAACCUGUAUUCGACGAGCGAUGCAAUUGCUGGCUGUACACCCUCGACAAGGGUGUAACCAAGUUUUACGAUCUUCUACAGUUGAUCGAGUUUUAUCAGCUGAACGCGGGCUCCCUGCCGACGCGGUUGACUCACUACGUGCAGAACGGCGUUCCCGUUCCCAUCCCCAGGUCCGAAGACGGCGGAGCGUCGCCCUCGCCGCCCGAGGCUUGUCACAGAUUCGGCACGCCUUCCUGCGUACAUCCGGCGAGUUUCCCCGGCCACGGGAGCAUCUGAGGAUAGGCGUUCCAGCGACCCGUCACCGUCGACGAGCGUCUCGUCGCUCGCGCUCAUCCUCCGAACGGAUGCGCGACCGCGAACGAUCGUCCGACGCGAUCGGGUUGCUGGAAUUUGUGCCUCUGCAGCUACAACAAGUGGAACUUGUAGCGUCAUUUUCACCUUUCCUUUCCUUUCCUUUCCUUUCCUCUCUUUUACUCUACUCUACUCUACUCUCCGCGGAUCGUGAAUUGCGGACUCGCGCCUUAUUCGCUCAAGAGCAACGAGAGGAAAUCGAACGAAACUUUCGAUCGCGAAAAGAUUCGUUAUCAGGAAGAGGAGUUUCGACGUAGGCUGGCUUUUCUCUACAAACAGCGCAACUCGGAAACAAGCGAGACGCGUCGUCUCCGCGUCGACUACCGCGCGACCUUUCUCCUCUUCCCGCGUUCGCGAGCCCCUUGACUCGUUGCCGUGCCGAAAUAUACUCGAUCGCGAAUCGCCUUCUUCCAUCCUACCGCGGAGACGUUCCACGCGAACAACCGCCGAUUCAAAAAUCGACUUUGACAGCGGUCCGUCAAUCUCGAUUUUUUACGACGGCUCCGCGAUUUACGCCAUCGAGUCGGGAAGAGGAGAAGACGCGACGAAGCAAACGGGAACGUACGCGCCCCCUCGAACACGCUACAGACUGACGAGUCGUCGUCGUCGUCGUCGCGGACGACAUCGAUUCUUAUUAUUAAGACGACCAUUAUGGAUAGAAAUUGUUACGAUAAAGUAUAUUUUGUACAAACAUGAACGGAAGAAUCGACGCGCGAUUCGUCGGGUCGCUACCGAGACCGUAUUUGAGUUUCGCUUUCGCGACUCGAUCCGAUCGCGUUCGUCGUACGAGAAAGAACAAUUAUUGGAUAUUUAUAUUCAAAUAAAUAUAUAGACAACAGAGUAACGUUCCACUGCGUAUUUAUUAUGGACAAAACAAAAACAAGGUAAACAUAAGUUUGCGUA